AUGGCCCGCAUCAGCCGCGUCGACCCUGCUGCAAAAGUUGCCGAAGACAAACACCGCCCACUCAGCUCAAGAUCACCCAUCACCAUGACACGCCACCUCGUCUUGUUUGGCCGGGACCAGCUCAUAUAUCCGACAUCAUGGAAGACAGCAAAAUGUCCGUCACGCAGAAUCCUACGUAUCCGCUAUAGAAAGAAAACCACGCUACGCUAUGGACCGCCCGACGUGCACUUUGAUGUGGAGACACAAAUGCAGCAUGAGAGGCGCCGUCUGGAAGCCAGGGAGAGGUGGAUAGCGCUGGAGAAGGUGCGUCAGCUGGAGUUGUUGGAGUUUGAGCUGGCUGUGAUGGAGGCGGAGCGUCGAGUACAGGAAAAGCAGUACCGUCUGGCGAUGAAGGAGGAGAAGCGUUGGGCGAUGGUGGAGGAGAAGGAAGAGAAGGAGAAGGAAGAGAAGGAGAAGGAAGAGAAGGAGAAGGAAGAGAAGGAGAAGGAAGAGAAGGAGAAGGAAGAGAAGGAGAAGGAAGAGAAGGAGAAGGAAGAGAAGGAGCAGGAAGAGAAGAAGCAGGAAGAGAAGAAGCAAGAAGAGAAGAAGCAGGAAGAGAAGAAGCAGGAAGAGCAGAAGCAGGAAGAGCAGAAGCAGGAAGAGAAGAAGCAGGAAGAGAAGAAGCAGGAGGUCCACGUGGAACACCGUGGCGACGAUAUUUCUGGCGACCUUGCGAUCAUGUGGUGCUUCGCAUUCCUUGGAUGGUUGUUGUGGUGGUUGAGACUUGAGAGGCUGGGAAAGGGGCUUGUCUUCUUCGUCGAGGUCGUAGCGUUUUCGGCAUUGGAACAUGCACGCAUGCGGCACAAAAGGGCUGCUGAGAAGGAUGAAGAGAAGCAGGAGACACGAAAAGCGCCAAAGCUGACCUGGCGCGAAUCAAUCCUUGGAUGGCUGACUGUUCUUUUCAUCCCGGGCCUGUUGGUAACUAUGGACGGAGGAGGAAGGUCUGGUGCGAUAAUUGGAGAGAGUUGA